CACCUCUACUGGCAAUUGAUUACUUUUUUUUGACGCACUAGGGCGCUAAAAGCAUUUUUCGGCGUGAAAAGAUGGAGGCCCUGGUAAAUUACAGCAGCGAGGACGACCAGGAGGAUGCUAGCUACCAGAUCCGGGCACCACAACAACAACAUUUGCAGCCGCAGCCGCAUGUGAAAUCAGCAACAACAACUAGUUUCCUACAGCAGAGAUAUAACAACAACAAAAACAACAAUGGCAGUAGCGACGGCGACGUUGACGCCGGCAGAGACAGUCGCAGCGGCAGCGGCAACAACAAUAGUCCGCGGGAAAAGGAGAAGGAUAAGGAGAAGAAGCGACGCCAUCACACUCCUCCUCUGUUGACGUCGCAGCAGCAAAAUCACAGGAUUGAUGAGGACCCGCAGCCCAGUAGUCGCCACCGCCAGGAGCGGGACAAGGACAGGGAAAGGGAUCGCGAGCGGGACAGGGACAAGGACAAGGACAAGGACAGGGAGCGUGAGCGGGACCGGGACAAAGACCGCGAGCGAGAACGGGAGAGGGAGCGGGAGAAGCGCGACCCAGAACGAAGUCGCGACAAAGGACGCGACAAGGAUCACAGCAAGGGCGACCAUCGCCACCAUCGUACCAAAGACGGCAAUAGCCACAGGGAGCGAGAGAGGGAGCGGGAAAGGGAGCGAGAUCGCGACAAGGACCGCGACCGCAGGCGUUCGGAGAAGAGCAGUCGCCACCACGGCGGCAAGGAGCGCCACCAUCAUCACAAUAACUCCUCAUCCUCCUCGAUAGCCGGCGCAGCAGCGGCCAAUGCAGCAGGGCGUCGGUCCUAUGACGACCGGACUCGUCGUCGUCGGGAUUCCCGAUCCCGCUCCCGCACUCCCACGGGCACACCGCCCACCCGUCGGCGCCACCAGUCGCAGCAGUCGCGCAAGUACCGCGAACGCGACUCUAGCAGUCGCUCCAGAUCUCCGAAAGAAGAGCAAGCCCAGCCACUCCGCGCUGGAGCAGUGGCCGGAGCUCACGUGCUGCUCAGGAAGUCCGGCGGUGGAGGAGGAUUAGGAGGAUCCUCGGCAGCAACAGCAGCAGCAGCGGCUGCAGCAGCCGCCGCUCUGGCAGCCGCCAAUGCAGCAGCCGCCGCGGCAGCCAUGGCGGCAGCCUCGUCCGGUGGAGCAGGAGGCGGCGGUGGCCUUCUGCCGACGCCCAAUUACGCACCCAAGAUACCCUCGCUGAUGUCCCUGGAGCUGAGCACGCCAGCGGUGGCGGCUCCCGCACUGGAACCCAUCCAGCUGCCCAGCUACUACAACCCGGGCAUCAUCAAUGCCAACCGCUAUGCGGAGCAGCAGCAGAAGCGCAAGCUGCUGUGGGGGUCCAAGAAGAGCGAGGACUCGGCGAACAAGUGGGGCAACGCCCACUUCUCGCAGGACUCGGACGGCAAGGUGGCCUCCAAAUUUAUGCGCCUUAUGGGCAUCAAGAACGCCGGUUCGUCCGGCGAUGGUGAGGCCAGUGGUGGCGCUGAUCAGGUGGAGGCCAGCAACGGGAGUGCAGCCGGCGAGGGAACCGGAGGAGGUGGAGCAGGAUCAGGAGGAGCUGCCGCAUCAGCAGCUCCGGGCGGAGCGAAGGUUCCGACGGAUGUGCAGCAGCGCCAGCGCAUGUUCUCCAACAUGGAGCAGCAGUACGAGAUGGCGCGAGCCGCAACACACACGAUGCGAGGCGUGGGCCUUGGUUUCGGCUCCCAGCCACGUACUUUCUAGAGGGGAUCGGCGGAGGACUGGCUCCCAACCAGGCUGUAAAUACCAUGCCACUCACUCAACUCAUUAGUCAUGUCAAGAAGUUUCCUCUCAACCACUUUUUGUUUGUGUUGAGCAAAUGUUUUUUGAUUUCAAAUAAACGUUGCAACCGAA